ACAUGGGUCAAACUCAAACCACUCCCCAGAAACUUCACCUCCGUAUAGAUACAUUAUUUACGUAGUCAUGUUGCGAAACGGAUGUCGAGAGACGAGAACUUCAAGGGGUUUUGUAUGACAAGAGGCGGAUUAGUUAUGUUUGUAUAAUUAUGUUUAAUUAGAUGUUUGGUCAUGGGGGAACUGUACAGAUUUUAGUGAAGAGGAUUUACGAGUGGACAAAGACCGAGCAGAGGUUGAGGAGACUUGGACUGUUUGUCAUGGGGAACAACUGCAGUCAUCUGGGGAUCCCUCCAGCCAAGGGCCCCUAUCCUGUGGGCUGCACCGACUUCAUGCUGGACCACACUGCUCACGGCAGCUUCUUCCGUCUGUACUAUCCGUGUCAGGAGUCAGAUAAAGCAGAGAAGCCCGACUGGGUCCCCUGCAGAGAAUAUUUCAACGGUCUGGCAGAUUUCAUGAAAAUCAACAGGGCGUUCAGUGAGAGGAUCUUCAACUACCUCUUUGGGUCCUAUAAGAUCCCAGCCUAUAUGGACGCUCCCUUUAAAGCUGAUGAGAAGUGUCCUGUUGUUAUUUUCUCCCACGGUCUUGGAGCAUUUAGGACUUUGUAUUCAGCCAUUUGUGCAGAGCUGGCAUCGCGGGGUUUUAUUGUGGCAUCAGUUGAACACAGAGAUGAAUCAUCUUCUGCCACAUAUUAUUAUCGUGAAAAGACAGAGGAGGAGAAGGCCAAACCAAGUGUGCCUAAGAACUGUGCCUCUGACCCAGACCACCUGAUCAAAGUGUGGAUGUACUACAGAGCUCUGAAGCAUGGAGAGAGUGAGUUCCCUGUCAGGAACAAACAGGUGAAGCAGAGGGCAGAUGAGUGUAUUCUGGCUCUGGAGAGACUGGAAGAGAUAAACUCAGGGAGACCGCUACAAAACGUACUGAAGACAGAGUUUGACUGGACCACACUGGAGAAUUCAAUGGACCUGUGCAGGUUAGCGGUGAUGGGGCAUUCAUUUGGAGGAGCCACUGCCAUUGAGGCACUGUGUAAAGAGGUCAAAUUUAAGUGUGGCAUCGCGCUGGACGCUUGGAUGUUCCCUUUAGAUGAGGAAAUCUUCCCUCGGGUCAAACAGCCGAUCUUCUUUAUAAACUCAGAGAGGUUUCAAUGGGCAGGAAACAUCAGCCGCAUGAGGAAACUGAACUCUGCUGUCAUACAGAGGAAGAUGAUCACCAUCAGAGGAACUGUGCACCAGAGCUUCCCAGACUUCACGUUCCUGACUGGAAACUGGAUUGGAAAGUUAAUGAAGCUGAAAGGAGAGAUCGACCCUGAGCUCGCCAUAGACCUGUCCAAUAAAGCAUCACUGGCAUUUUUACAGAGGCAUCUGGGUCUUGAGAAGGACUUUAACCAGUGGGAUCCUCUGAUCGAUGGAGAGGAUGAAAACCUGAUCCAGGGCACUAAUGUCAUACAGUCGUCCAUCUGAGCCUGGUGUGGUCUGGGCUCCCCUCACAGACACAGGAUUAAAGGGGACAGGCCUGUUCACCACAGAGGCCUUCACUGGUGCAGACUCUGGAAAAAGCUCUACCUCAGCAGAAGUGUGUCGCUGUUUGUAUGAGGCCAGAAGCAGUCUACUCUUACCGUGGCAACUACAUGAGAAAGACUUCUUUUUGGAUCGUGAAGUGUUACAUCAUGGGUCCACCUCUUUUGGGUCCAUGAACAGAAAGAAUAUGGACUUUGUCUGAACCUCAUGCUGAAUUAAGACAUAUCAGAGGACAGACAGGUUUAAGAUAUCCUGUAUUUCCUAUUAAUUGGAGACUAUGGUGGUUUUAGUUUUUUUUGUCAAAUUUUAGUCUAAAAACAAGCUGAACAAAGACUUGGUAAUAUUUAUAAUACAUAAUAAUAAAAUAACUUUAUUCUUAUAGUAUUGUCAUAAAUAUUAAGAAAUAAUUAUUCUUAAUUUGUAACCAAUUCUUUUUAUCAGCAGAGGCAAUAUGUAACAUGAAUUCUUAAUUAAUUUUUAUACAUUAAAAUAAUUCAAAUUUGGAUAUCUUAGAUUAAUAUCAUAGUCUCAGUACAGACUUGUCGGAAACCGGUAUCUGGGAGUAAUAGUUCUUUCAAAUAAAUUGUUUUAUAGCAUUUUUAUUUAUAGGCGUACAAAAAAAUAAAUGAUAAAUGCCUGAAGACAAAACAGUACACUUAGUUUUUAUGCAUUCAGCCAGUUUAAAAUGGCAUUGUACAAAUCUGUCAAAACACCAUUAUUGUGAAUGAGAUUGGAAUUCCAUUGGACCUAGAAGUAGUUAUGCCAUGAUUAUGUAACAGUCCCAAUGGUCUCACAUGUGUAUAUAUUUGUAAAUCAUAAUGCUGUGCAGAUAAACAGUAUGGCUGCAGUGCGAUUAUGUGAAAUGGCCUUGAAUAAGACUGAUGUCCUUCAGUUUGAUUGAUCUGGACACGAGAAUGUACCUUCAACAAUGCAAUAAUAAUGGUUAACCUACAAUGUUAAACUGCAUGUAAUUUUAACACUAAUACUGAAUCAAUCAUCCAUGUGCCUCAACUCUACAGUCUCUUUUAAUACUUUUAUACACCUAUCGUCCACUAUAUCUGCUAAUAAGAAAUGUAAUAAAUUGGGUUUGUAUACAUGA